AGUAUAGGGUAGCAAAAUUCAGCUGAACUAGCUCUGGUUUAGGCUAAGGGUUACAGGGUCCCAGACGGCACAUCCCUACCCAGAAAUUCCCAAAGUACCCGCGGACAUUUAUAUAAAGUAAGGCAUCCUGCAUAUUAAACAAUUCCUACAGUCUUUGCCCAGACAAAGAUUUUGUAUACGUCUAUGCGUGACGCAUGCGUUUGGUGUCCGUUUUAAAAAGGAACGACUGCUUACGUGUUCACGUACAAGUUUCAGUCCAAGCAGUUUUUUUUAUGGUCCCUUACGAAGCUUUUGAGACCUUGAGAGAUCUAAAACCUAAAAGGAAUGAGUGCAUUGACUUACCGUGUUUGAUUUCAAGCAAAAUCGAAUCGCCGAUCAAUAUAUGGCAUGUAUAUCGUUGCUUGGAUGACCAUGUUCUAUUUUUCCAGACCGUAAAAAGUCAGUCUUUAGGUAUACAGUCCUAACUUGACUAACUUGACUUAUUUCAGUUAACUCGUUUCAAUAAAAGCUUAGAAAAAGCCGUAGCUAGUAUAGCGACGAUGCAAGCUACCUAAUUUCGAUGCCGAAAUAUGACACCCACACGUGCUUUGCCUACAUAUCAAAGGUCCUUUGAACUGUGACGGGAGGGGUUUUUCCCAUGCUCUUUCAAUCAUCAGAUAAAAUAGCAUUUCGCAAAGUGCAUCGCUCCUUAACCUAUUUGGAGUUCGAAGGAAGAGCUUUGUCUAUCGGGACAAGCAAGACCGUUUCGGGAAUCUUCUGGUGGAGGUUGUUCCAUUGUAAAGCCAUGUCCACUGUAAUCAUCCCUGUGAUCACGAAUGCCUUAAUGAUUUUAUGGGUAUUUUCUCUCUGCACGUUUUCAGCGCAAGAAACAUAUCGCCGGAAAUGCAGAUGGAACCAGAUUACUAUAGGGAGACCCGACAAGGCAGUUGAAUGCUUGGACUGUCCCAAAUGUCCCGAGGGUCUGGGCUUGGUCCCGCAGUGCGGAUCACUUGCUGGGGCUAAUGCUCCUGUAAAGUGCGUACAGUGCAAGCCAGGUGAAACUUACUCGGAUAAGCACGACAUCUCAUCAUGUAAGCCAUGCACUAUCUGUGACCCUAACGAAGAGAUGAUUAGUCCUUGCACUGAGACAAAGAACGCGGUUUGCGGAAAGUGCAAUGCUGGUUACUAUCGAGCAGUAACCGGCGAUUGUCAUCCGUGUUCCUGGUGCUGUACCGACAGCAAAGACUGGAAGGAAGAUAUAGAAAAACAGUGCAGGGAACAGUCUAAUCUUCCAGCCAAGCAGAUAUGUCGCUACGAUGUCAACACUAUCAAAUGCGCACCUGUGGCAAGCACAUCUCCGGCCUAUGCUUCAUUGGUAGCCACCCCAAAACCUGGCGGUUUGCAAGCCAUGCAGGAUACCGAGCCAGCCAAAGCCAACAGUGGAUUGUGGCUGAUUUUAGUCGCUGCUUCUGCUGCUUUUGCUUUGUGUGUCUUAAUUGUCACACUGUUCAUUUGCUAUCGCAAAAGGGAGCAAACGCUGUCCCAGUUGCUGUGUUGUACGCGAGGCUGCGAGACUACGCUUCCAAUACAAGCAGUUGGUAAUCCUGAACCACGGUCACAUUUAGUUGUAAUAGGCGGCAAGCAAACCAGUGGGCAGAGGGUGUAAAAACCGAGCUACUGACUGGAAAGACAAAGAAGGCUCCACGAGUCCAUAGUACCUUUUGUUUGGUUGAUAUUUCGUUACAUCAUGUAAAGUGUUGCAAUACAUACUACGAACAUAAAACGGACUCUCUGCGAGUUCUGACUCGAAGGAUACUGUUGUAUUGACUGAUAGAACAUGUGAUACGCUGAAUGGACAAAACGUCACCUGCACUGUUUUAAAGUUUCGUUAUAAAAAGGAAUUGACUGUCUUCAAGCCCUCUCUGCCAGGCCUCUCUUAAUCAUACUCUUGCUCCUAUUACUUCAAAAUAAUCGUCACUACGAGUAAUUUCCCUGUGUAUUUCUGAAUUCCGGCCUUGUGAGAGCUCGAUCUUUGUGUCACCUGAUAAGAUUCAUGCGAUCAAGCCGUUAGCGAGAGAAUUCAUAUUUUCAACUGUUAGGAAGAACCAUGCAACAUUUCCUCAUCAAUCGACACAGAGAGACAGAGAGAGAGAGAGUCAGGUAAAAGACAUAUGAUGAUUUGCGUCUUCUCGGUGUGCGAGGCCUUCCGACGAUCAAUUUUCCUUGCCGACCGGGACAAGUGGUAGUUCGGUCAACAGUCGGAGUAGUGAUUUACGUUCCGGUUCGUUAAUUUGGACACAAUUUACGAUCACAGUCAGGUGCCGGCGUUAUCAUAAGUCUUGGCCUAGGACCAAUAGUUCUACAAAUGCUGACUGUCCCAGUCAACAAGUUUAUAUCAGUUAGUUAUAGCCUGGUACGUUAUUUCCGUAAUCUGCUAUCAAAGUGUAGAUGGUUUUCAUCCUGACAUGAUCAAAGUAGGUGUAGAUGUGGACACACUUGACUGUUUUUUUUACUGGUGUCUGUAAGGGUUAACCCGCGUACACUAGUAUUGAGAGCUAACCUGACUGUAGAAUCAGUGAUACUUAGCCUAAUCUGAGCCGAGCACUACUGAUUUAGGCUAACCGUUGUGCUAUUUCCUCAUUUGGUGUAAGGUAAACACAGGAAAAAUGACUAAAAGUAACUGUUGGAGAGAUUCCGUGUUUCUUUAAAUGCACGUCUCUCUUGGGCCAGUAUUGCGAGAAUAGUGGGACAAAAUCAUAUAUUUCUCCCGUGAAAACAUUUUUCCUGAUGUUUAACAGUUUGCGUAAUGAGGCGUGCGCAAUCACAGUUAGUUACCACGAUGCAACGCAGACGAUCUCUGUCCGUCUGUACGAUCCGCACAAAUCGCACGGAUCGUCUAACCGUUUCACCGAGGUUAAGACUCAAGAAUAUCACUUGCAAUCAAUGAGAUGCAUUUUUCGGUCUGUACAUUGACCGGAAACAGUUAACAGUCUGUCAAACUGUACAGAUGAUAAAGUUGUUUUUUUUCUCCAGCUGUAUCAGUUUGCCGACACUGGACAACCCUCAACUAAGGCCCAGUUCACACCAGCGAAGUCAUGUCAUGUUUGCAGUGUGAACAUCUUGACAUAAUGGCAACAUAACAGCAUGAACAUGACGACAUCAGGGAAAAAAACCCUGAUAUUUGCCGGCGUUAUGUCUUUAUGUCGAUGUUCAUUCACAUUACCGACAUAAGCGAUUAUGUCGUUAUGUCAUUAUGUCGCUGGUAUGAACCAGACCUAACGGGAUAGAAAACAAUCGGACAUAGAGUGUAAUAAAUCAUCCUUUUAUUUUUAAGCUUUAUUUUCUGAAAUAUAAUUUUGAUAUUACUAAUCAAUAUGUUCUCAGAAAAAGAUAUAUUUUUAAGCUCCCAUUAAAGUUGUAUUCUAGUUUUUU